AUGCCCACUGAACUUAUCACUUAUGAGCAGAACUUCUCUUCUGGUGUAGAUGCUGAAAACGACUACCCUCCUUUGGAUUCCGGCAUGGGCAGUUUCCAAGUUUCUGAACUUGAACGUCAAGGUGAUUCACAUAAGCGUUCGAAUGAUGAGAUAUCGGAGCUCCGAGACGAAACUCUUAACGGCAGAGAGAAAAAACUACGACAAUCGGAAAGCAUUUCGAGGAACAGUACAGGGAAUGCUCAAGUUGAAGCAAUCCCACAUCAUAGCAUUAACGUAGAUCAAAGCGAUAACCUUCUGAGUGAACAGGAGAACCCAACUAAAGUGUAUCUGUAUGACGAUCCUCAUUUAGAGAAUGAUCCUCAGCAGCGGCAGGAGGAAUCUGAUGCGAACGGGAUCAUGGAAAAGUUAACUGAUGAUAAUAGCAUGAAGCAGGUCUCCAAUGCUAAGACUUCCCUAGAAACUGCACAAUUUCUCGAAACUUCAAACUCGAUGGAACUUCAGCGGACAAAACCGCAUGAUAUGAAUAUUAUAUCUCCCUCUGAGCCUUUAGAGCAACCCUUUUACGUUAAUGCCAAACAAUAUUAUCGUAUCCUAAAGAGAAGAUAUGCUCGUGCUAAACUUGAAGAAAAUCUAAAGAUUUCAAGAGAACGCAGGCCGUAUUUACAUGAAUCUAGACAUAAACACGCUAUGAGAAGACCAAGAGGACAAGGAGGAAGAUUUUUGACUGCUGCAGAGAUGGCUGAAAUGAAAAGAAAAGAAGAAGAGGGUACAGACAAUGAUAGUUUUCUGCAGGAACAUGUACCUAAAAUGAAUGUUCUUCCACAGCAAUUGCCUGGGCCUGUCAAAGAUAAUAACAAUGAAAAGUCAGACGAAAAACCUGUGGCUAAAGAAGCUUCUAAUUGA